GUAAAUUUUCAAAUUCAAAUAAGAAACAAUAAUAUAUUAUUAUAUUUUGAUGUUAUAAUUUUAUUGUAAAAUGUCAAAGAAAGUCCAAGGAAAUGAUUCCUUCCAAAGGAUAAACUAUCUAUAUCAAAUAAGUAAACAAAUGUGUACAUUAAAUCCAGGAUUAUCCUCUUAUUAUGGUAAUUUAAUAGUGAAUAUUGCUAAGAAAAAUGUUUUGAAAAUCCAUCCAGAUGUAAAAAGACAAAUGUGUAAAAGCUGCCGCUGUACACUUAUUGCUAAUGUUACAGCAAAAGUAUCAAUUAAAACUAAGAAGAAAUCAAAGAUUAUAAAAUGGACAUGUAACACUUGUGGUGCUAAACGCAGUAUUCCCAUACAAAAAAAUAUAGAUCAUUGUCUAUGGAUUGAUAGACCAGAGGCAGUUGUGGAAGUGAUUAAUUAAAACAUAGAAAAAUAUAUAUUUGUAUUUUUUUAAUUUAAGAAAAAUACAAUA